AUGGCUGCUAGAGUUAUAAAACAAGCGGCAAGUGCUAAAGACUGGUGUUUUACACUAAACAAUUACACUGAAGAAGAUUGUACAACACUAGAACAGUUAGAUGUGCAAUACAUAUGUUAUGGACGUGAAGUAGGAGAAAGCGGCACCCCACAUAUUCAGGGUUUCGUGCAGAUGAAGAAAGGGAUACGUAUGACUGCAUUAAAAAAGAUCACACCUUUCCAUAGGGCACAUCUGGAAAAGAGACGUGGAACAGCACCAGAAGCAAGGGACUACACAUCAAAAGAUGGUGAAGAGAACUGGGUGGAGCGUGGUUUCAUGAGCGAAGAGGGGGUGGGGCAACUCACCACCCUUACUGAGAUGGCCUUACAAAACCACGAUGCUGAAGACCUCUACACACUCAUAAACGCAAAAUUGAUGAGGCAGUCGGCGCCAUCAAGCAAGUUAGAGAAAAAAAGGUUAAAGUCAGCCACGAGUAACGCCCAAUUAAAGGUAUGGCAAGAUUGGUGCGUACAUCACUUAGACUGUCAAAAUGAUAGAAAGAUACUAUGGAUAGAAGAAAGUCCAUGUGCUGUCCAACAACCUCCCUUGUUUGAACAAAAUGUCGAGAGACAGAUGGGACAUUCACCGCUUGACCAGACUGACAGACACCAUCGCAGAUGA